AUGGCUAUCUCUUUCGGUGAUCUCUCCACCCCUGAUGGUCUGAAGCAGCUUGACGAGUACCUCCUCACCCGCAGCUACAUCUCGGGCUUCCAGGCGUCGCGCGAUGACCUCACGGUCUACAGCGCGCUGAAGACGUUCCCCAAGGGCUACACCAACGCGGCGCGGUGGUACACCCACAUUAAGGCGCUGCUCGGUGCUAACUUCGCCGGCCCCGGCGUGGGUGUGGUGAUCGGCGGUGCUGCUCCUGCCGCCGCUGCUCCCACUGCAGCUGUCGCCACUCCUCCCGCUGCCGAGGCCAAGCCCGCUGAGGACGACGACGACGACGAUCUGGAUCUGUUCGGCGAGGCCACGGAGGAGGAGAAGGCCGCGGCGGCCGAGCGUGAGGCGAAGGCGGCCGCUUCGGGCAAGAAGAAGGAGAGCGGCAAGUCGUCGGUGCUGCUGGACGUGAAGCCGUGGGACGACGAGACGGACAUGGCCAAGCUGGAGGCGGCCGUGCGCAAGGUGCAGAUGGACGGCCUGCUCUGGGGCGCCUCCAAGCUGGUCCCCGUUGGCAGGGCGAGGCUGCUGAGUACAUCCAGAGCUGCGACAUCGUGGCCUUCAACAAGAUCUAAGGAAGGAGGUUUCUAUCAUAAGUCGAAGGCAUGUCCUUUUUAG